CAUGAUCAUGGACCGUAGCACUUGAGAGUAAAAUGGGUUGGAGAGCCAAUGGGUUUGCUAAUAAUGACUGAUGAACAAAACUUGAAAAAUGAAUUCAUAGUUAAAUUUAUUGUGGCUGGUAUUUCUGGUGUGAUUUCAAAGACACUUCUUAGUCCUUUGGAUCGUAUUAAAAUAAUACUACAAACUCAAAAGUCACAUGUUGGACUUCAAGAUGGAACACAUAACUUACGCUACACUGGCUUACGUGAUGCACUUAUCCGUAUACCAAAACAUCAAGGAUUUUUAAGUUUAUGGCGUGGAAAUUGGAUUUCUACCGUUAAAUUUUUUCCACAACAAGCUUUGAGUUUUUCAAUUUAUAGUCAAGUAUCAAACCAAAAUAUAGUGAGGCAAUUGCCAUACAUCUGGAGUAAAUUACUUGCGGGAGCUGUAUCUGGAGGUUUAACAACAUUGUUACUAUAUCCAUUGUUUUUUUGCCAAACUAGAAUUUCAGCAGACACAGGUUCAAAUGUCAAAGGAGCUAUCCACCAUCGAACAUACACUGGUCUAACUCAAUGCAUUAUUAAAACCAUUAAGCUUGAAGGUUUUUUUGGAAUUUAUUCUGGGAUGUGUUGUACAGUAAUAGGUUUUGCUUUAAAUAAAUCACUUUAUUUUGCAUUCUUCGAUUAUGGAAAAUUGUUAUGGACAAUAAAACACCCAAAUAGUUCACCACAAGAGCUACCACCAUUUCUUGUGUUGUUCAGUAUUGCUCAGGUAGCGGCAUUUAGUAGUUCCACACUCACGUAUCCGUUAGAUACUAUAUCAAAACGAUUAAUGCUUCAAUCUGGAAAACCAGAAAAAUAUCGUGAAUAUAGAGGAAUGAUUAAUUGUAUGGUAUCUAUAUAUCGACAGUAUGGUUUCAAGGAAUUUUUCGCAGGAAAUUUCACAAACUCUGUGAGAAGUUUAGGUGGUGCACUUGUGUUGGUCAUCAAUGAUUCAAUACUAUACUCUUUAGGUUAUUUAUAA